UGCGGUUCUUCCUCACAAGGGAUGUGCUUCAUCCAUGGCUGCAAACGCAUCUUCCCCACAACUACAGAUUAUCCAUGGCUGCAAACGAGGCAGAUUCAGUCUCUCUCUCUCUCUCUUUCAAUUUCGAUUGCCCAAAUUUGGGAGGUGCUUCAUCCAUGGCUGAACCCCACACUACAGAUCCAUGAUUCAAGCCUAUUCCUCUACAAGUGGGCUUUAGAAAUUGCAGAGAGAGGGAAAAGUUGCAGGAAAAGUUGCAGGUCAUUCUUCGUCCUUGGAGCAACAAUAGGUACUACUGUUUUUCGUCUGGGGAUUCUGUUGUUGCAAGGCAUGAAAAACAACAGUUCUGUUAGAGUAUACUUUUUAGUUUUUUAUUUCUAAAAUUUGGGAUCAUACACACCCAGGUUCCUUCAAUGAGCUGUUUUGAGGAGAGGGCUAUAUUCUUAUCACUUUGCAGUGAAAAAAUCGCUCCCUCCAAGCUGCUGCUGAGGAACAAAGAAAGGCUGGUGAAAAAGUAAUGAGGUUGGCAGACGAACAGAAG